CAAUUGCAUUUAGGAGAAGAGGCUGUUGUUCAUACGUUUCAUCCUGAGUAUCCCAAACUAACUGAAAUUAUACCUUCUCUCGCCUUCUCUCACACCACAUCGCACUCUCUUCACCCAAACAAAACCCUAUUUUCUAUUUCCACACACUCUCUGUCUCUUCUUCCAUCUCAAUCAGCGCCAUUCGCCCUCUCCAAAAUCACACUUCGCUAUUUGCGCCCAAACUCUUCUUCUUCCCCACCGCAUUCUUCAAUUCUCAAUACCAGCGCUUAUUCAACCGUUUGCGGUUUCCGCAUCAUCGUCAAUCACUGUCCUAGGGUUAGUUUCUCCCCUUUCCCUCUCUCGUUCUCUAAUUCCCCGAAUUUUCCCCUCUGUAACCCUAGCUUUUGCACGGCUUUUCCCGCACGUGCGUCUCAUCUAGGGUUUCCUUUCCCCGACGCAUUUUUUCGGGGCUCCACACUGCCCUAUAGGGCUCUUUUUUUAUUUUAUUUUAUUUUAUUUUUAAUUUUCGGCUUUCUUCCGAUUCCUGGUGCUGGACUGAUUGAUGAUUGAAUUCUAGAGUUCUACCAUUGUCUCCGUAGUCGUGGUUUGGGUGCGGGGAUCGAUUUCUUUUCAAGAUUUUCGCCCCGUAGAGAUGGUGUCUCUUUGAAUUUUCAAGGUCUUAGGUGAAUCCAUUUUUUUUUUCUGUUUAAGAUGGUGGCGUAGAGAAGCUUUUCCCUCGCGGCAUUGUCUUGUGUUUCAAGUCACGGGCUUCUCGUUUCGGUCUCCCGUUUUUUGGCGCGUUGCUUGAUUGGGGAAUAGAGGGUACAGUGUCUGUUUGUGGCUAUUGAAGGGUCCCAUUUCAGUUAAGCAUUGUUGGAGCUAUUACGCACUUGAAAUCUGUGAUUAAUUUUGCAGAGUAACCGCUUUCGAGCGUCGGAGUUAUUAACUUUUUUCAAUAGAUAAAGGGCAAAAAAAUAAGAUCGGGGGUUGUUGUUUCUGUGAGGAUAACUGCUGUUACUUGACUGCUGGAAGAUACUGGUUUUUGGAUUAUUCUAAUAUCUUGGUGGAAUUGCUCCAAUAUUCAUUUGGAACAGUUUUCUAUUUAGUCAGGAUAUUAUUGAUUAGUUUUGGUAUCUUGAAGAUGGAGAGAAGGAUGACAAAUGUGAGUUAGAGUCAGUAGUUUUGAAUUCAAGUGCAACGGUAUUGUUAUAGGGGAAGGGCUGGUGAAGAAGUUGCAUGUGCUUUUUUUAGUUAAAUCUGAUGAUGUUCAGUGUUCGUUAUGGACAAAAGUGAACCUGCAUUAGUUCCAGAAUGGUUGAGAAGUGCUGGCAGUGUUGCUGGGGGCGGCAGUUCAGCCCACCAUUUUGCAGCUCCUUCUAAUCACACGGACGCUUGUGUUUCUCAUCACACAAGGAAUAGAUCUUCCAAGACUACUAGUGAUUUUGAUAGCCCUCGUUCUGUGUUUCUUGAACGGACUUUUUCUUCCAAUUCUCGGAGGAGUAUCAAUGGUUCUGCCAAGCAUGCCUAUAGUAGUUUCAACAGAAGUCAUCGUGAUAAGGACCGUGACAGAGAGAAAGAUAGAUCAAAUUUUGUGGACCACUGGGAUCGUGAUUGUUCUGAACCAUUAUCUGACCUGUUCCCUGGAAGGAUAGAGAGAGAUACUCUACGGCGUUCUCAUUCAAUGGUUUCCAGGAAACAUAAUGAGCUUUUGAACCACAGAGUUGCAGUAGAUACAAAAUCUGGUGGCAAUGGCAACCAGAACAGUAGCAAUGACUUACUUUCUGGCACUAAUAUUGGUAGUAGCAUUCAGAAAGCUGUUUUUAAUAAGGAUUUUCCGUCACUUGGAACUGAAGAGAGGCAGGGAAUGACUGAAAUAGGUAGAGUUUCAUCUCCGGGCUUGGGUGCUACUGCUAGUCAAACGUUACCUGUUGGGAGUUCAGCUUUGAUUGGUGGGGAAGGAUGGACAUCUGCACUAGCUGAGGUACCAACUAUAAUUGGAAGCAGUAGUACUGGAUCUCUAACAUUGCAACAAACUGUUGCUCCAACAUCUGGGUCUGUUCUUACAACUACACCAUCAUCUGGUCUUAACAUGGCUGAAGCUUUGGCACAGAAUCCAUCUCGAGCUCGUUCUACUCCCCAGGUGUCUGUCAAAACCCAAAGGCUUGAGGAGCUGGCUAUUAAGCAGUCAAGGCAGUUGAUUCCAGUAACACCUUCAAUGCCUAAGGCUUUGGUUAAUAAUUCUUCUGAGAAAUCAAAACCCAAGACAGCAGUCAGAAAUACCGAGAUUAAUAUGGCUGGCAAGAGCAUGCCACAACAAGCCUCUGCGUUGCACAUUGUUAAUCAUUCUGUUCGCCUUGGAAAUGCCAAGGGUGAUGCUCCAAAGACAUCUGGGAAAUUUACUGACCUUAAAUCUGUGGUGUGGGAAAAUGGUGUUUCUCCUACACCCAAGGAUCCUUCAUGUCAAACAAAUUACUCUAACAAUAGGCCUGGAAAUCAUCUUGCUGUUGCUUCAGCAGCUACUUCUACACCUUUGAGGAAUCCCAACAACCUGAAAUCUCCCACAGAGCGGAAGCCUGCUUCAUUGGAUUUGAAGUUAGGUUCCACUAUGGAUAAGAAACACACUAUUUCUCAAGUUCAGAGCCGGAAUGAUUUCUUCAAUCUCAUUAAGAAGAAAACUCUGAUGAAUUCCUCAUCAGUUCCGGAUUCAAGCCCAGUGGUUUCAUCUCCCACAAUGGAUAAAUCUGGUGAAGUUAGUACAGAAGCCGUUGGCUCUCCUGCAAGUUCUCGUGGUCUUGGAAAUGGUGCUGAAGUGACUAGUAAUGGUAAUGCUCAUGUAGAGAUUAACAGGCCUGAGAAUGAAGAGAAAGAUACAAUUCCUGAUGAGGAAGAGGCUGCAUUCCUUCGUUCUCUUGGCUGGGAGGAGAAUUCUGGUGAGGAUGAGGGCCUUACGGAAGAGGAAAUCAAUGCCUUCUAUCAGGAGUGCAUGAAAUUGGGCACCACCACAUUAAAGCUAUGCCAGGGCAUGCAGCCAAAGUUGUCCAAGUUUUUUGAAUCUUAUGCCACUAACUUGCAUGGAGCUUCUGCUGAAUUGAGUUCUUCUGACUCCAGAUCUGAAGCUUGACGUUCGGUUCUAUCACAUGGAUAGAUCCAAGUUUCAUUUUUUAUGGCAGAUGGCUAGUAACAUUCUUCCCUUUUGUUUUUAAAGAAGGCUGAUCACUUGGGAGUGAAAGUAGUGGGUGGGUUUUGAUCGGAACCCUGCAUUUUGCAAAUAUUGCAAUAAGUUACAGGUGCCUCAAUCCCGCCUGCUUAACAGGGGAUUUUUUUUCUUUUCCUUUUGGUUAAAAGUUAUAGGUUGGUCGGGUAGGGCUAGAGUAGGGCUAUUUUGUCUCUGCAGUGGAAGGUGCUGGGCAAUUGCAUCUUUUGGGGUAUUUUGAUCCUUUUUUCUUUCAAGAGGGUUUGAUUCUACAUGAUAAAGUUUAUGAUGUUUUUGGUCAAUUUUACGAAAAAAAGGAAAUUUAAAGCUUCUAAUUUUAGAGUACCUUGAUAUUA